AUGUUAAGUAUCGAAAAAUGUCCUUCAAAUGAUUUUCAACAUAGUUCAGUAGCAAUAGUAUGUGAUAAUGGCUCUUAUUCAGUGAAAGCUGGUUUUUCAAAUGAAAAUUUUGCAAGAGUAAUAAUUCCAACUAUCGUUGGAAUACCUAAAGAUAAAAAAAUAAUUACUAUCCCAGAAUAUGGAGAAAAUAUUGUAUUUCCCGGUGAGCCUGCCAUAAGAAAUAAGGACAUUUUGGAUACAAUUUGUCCAAUACGUAACGGUAUAAUUUCCGACUGGGAUGCAAUGGAACAAAUUUGGUACCACAUGUAUUACGAAGACUUAAUGGUCCCACCAGAAAAUUAUAACAUUUUACAUACAGAAGUGGAUGUGAAUUCAAAGUCAUUGCGUGAAAAAAUGUUUGAGACGAUGUUCGAGUUAUUCAAUGUACCAAAUACAGCAGUGAUACCCAAGUCAGUACUUGCUUUAUAUAGUAGUGGCAGAACUACUGGCUUGAUGGUAGAUUCUGGGUACGACUACACACAAGUUAUGCCUAUUUUUGAAGGAUAUCCAUUGCAUCAUGCUAUGCAAACAAUGUCAGUUGGUGGAUGGCACGUAACACAAUAUUUGAUGGAAUUAUUAAAUAACCGUGGAUACAGCUUUAAUUCUACAAAAGAUUUCGAAAUUUUGGAUGAUAUUAAAGAAAAAUUGUGUUAUUUGUCUUUGGACUUUAAAUUUGAAAUAGAUAUGUAUACUAAAGAAAAAGAAAAACAAUAUACUCUACCAGACGGAAUGAUGAUCAAUAUUGAAAGCGAAGCCUUUCAAUCGCCUGAAAUCUUGUUUGAUCCUCUUUUGUUCAACAUCGAAUCAAAACUAGGAGGUAUCCACAACUUGAUAUACAAAGCAUGCAGUGCUUGUGAUAAAAAUGAACAAAAAAAUAUGUACAACAACAUCAUAUUGGCUGGUGGCAAUACGUUGUUUCCAUUUUUGUCUAAUCGUUUGAAGAAAAUGGUAGCCGAGUUAGUCGCGCCCACUACUAGGAUUAAAAUUAAAGCGGACCCCGGACGUAAAUAUUCUACAUGGCUUGGCGGUGCCGUAUUAGCUUCGAUUCCCAGCUAUCAGCAGAUGUGGGUUAGCAAAGAAAUGUACGACGAACAGGGGGCUACAGCAGUACACGACAAAAGCUUAAUUUAA